CAAAACGCCCUAUACCUUACCUUUGAAUUGUUGGUACCCUUUCGACUAUAAGAGACCUGUAGUCUAUGAAAUCGUCUAUUUUCAUCAGAGUGUAAGUGCCCUAAUUGAUAUUUUUGUGAACCUAAAUGGUGCAACAUUGGCUGCCGGUUUCUUAGCGUAUUUAUCUGCUGAAUGCGAUGUAUUGGUUGACUUGUUAAAAAAUUUAAACAACGGAUCUGCGAUGAACGAAAUCAAUUUAGAUACGGAGAUGCUCAAGAUAUGUGUUCAGUACCAUAAAAAAAUCGUGGAGUACUCCAAACUCGUUGAAUCGUACUUCAGUAAAUACUUAUUAAUUCAGUUCACAUCAUCGUGUGUGUCAACUGCUCUAAUUAUGACUAGUAUGAGUAUGAAUCAUGAUGUUAACGCUGACUUUUGGUUCCUGAGUGUUUUACAGCUAGGGGUGUGGGCAGAUUUAUACAUUUAUUGUUGGUAUGGAAACGAAGUUACUGAAAAGGUAAGUAUUUUAAAUAUACGCAUAUUUUUU